AUGCCACACAGAGAUAACCUUAUGACUGGGGCCUAUAAUUCCAGCUCUUCCACUUCCAGGACUAGGAUGGACAACAGCUCCAGGUCAAAAAAUUUUGAAAUUAUGCAUGAUGACCUUGGAACAUGGCUCGAAAAGUAUCAAGCUGUUGAUAAAAACGAAGGAGAACAGUAUCAUCUUCCACAGCGACAGUAUUCAAUAAUGACUAUGGGAAAUCAUACAAAACCUCCACCUCCUCCAACAGUUUUAUCAAGUUACGCCGAUACAGACUCAAUAGAUUGUGCAGAAUACACUAAUGAAUCAAUGAUGUCGGACGCCGGAGUCAGCACAACUCGAUCUCCAUCAAGAGCUAGUAGCUACAAGUAUAUAGACGACAAUGAUGGAUCAAGUUGUAUUAUUCAUGGCCUGACCUACACCCCAUCAAGACUUAGCUCUAUUAACAACGAUUGGGACUCACCAUCCAACCUCGAAAAUCCUCACAAUUGGCCAUUGUGGAAGAAAAUCUUUCACACUGCCCUACCAGCACUUUAUGGCUUUGUUCUCACAAUUGGAACUUCUGCUUAUGUUCCGGCAAUUCCUUUUAUAAUGUUCCACUUUAAAGUGAGCCGUAUAAUUGCCAUUCUUCCUCUGGCUCUAUAUACGUUUGGUUUCACCACCGGUCCAUUAAUAUACGCACCAUUAUCAGAGCUCUAUGGACGACGGAUCGUCUAUUGGAUAUCAAUGCCACUUUUUUUAAUAUUCACCGCAAUUUGCGGAGCUACAAAUAGCGUACAUGUUUUAAUGAUUAUGCGGUUCUUGGCUUCGUUCACAGGAUCGGGAGCCUUGGCUGUUGGAGCUGGAACUAUCUUAGACAUUUGGGAUCGCGAAGCUCAGAGCAAAGCAGCGAUUUCUUACAUAAUGGCGCCCUUUCUUGGACCAUGCCUUGGACCAUUAAUUGGCGCCUAUGUUAUUACAGAAAACAACUUUGACUGGCGAUGGUCCAUGUGGAUUGUCAUGUUGAUUGGGUCUCCUGUGGCUAUAAUGUCAAUAUUCAUGCAAGAGACGUCCAAAAGUCAGAUCAUGUAUAAAAAAGCUAGUGGCACGGUCGAAGGCAAAAUUCCUCACAAAAGAGGUGACACGCGUCUCUUCAUUCGUAAACUCCGUCAGGCCCUCUCUCGGCCCUUUCACAUGAUGUUCUUCGAGCCGCUUGUUGCGCUACUAAGUAUUUACACCGGCUUCGCCUUUGCUAUGUUGUUUUCUUUCUUCGCUUCAUACAACUUCGUUUUUCUCGUUGUUUACCAUUUCAACCAAAAACAGAUUGGCUUUACGUUCCUUGGGAUACUGGUUGGAUUCAUUUUUGCCGUUGCAUCGUUCAGCCUGUUCGAUAACACUCUGUACCGCCGAGAAUGUGCUCGGGUACGUGGGAUUCCAGCACCUGAACACCGGCUAUAUACAGCCAUGCUAGGAAGUAUCAUGCUUCCAAUCGGCCUAUUUUGGUUCGCCUGGACACCUCGAGUAACUGUACAUUGGAUAGUUCCUGUUCUAGCUGGAGUCCCGUUCGGAUGGGGUACGCUGGGGAUUUUUAUAUCUUCCACAGCGUAUCUCGUAGAGGUGUAUCAGGUUACAAACAGCGCCUCAGCAAUAGCUGCUAAUGGAAUACUUCGAUACACAUUAGGAGCUGCCUUUCCACUUUUCACAAUUCAACUAUACACAUCCCUCGGAAUUCACUGGGCUGGUAGUAUAUUCGCUUUUCUGUCACUGUUCCUGACACCAGUGCCAUGGAUAUUCUUUUGGAAAGGAAAACUACUGAGAGCAAAAAGUAGUUACGACACCAGCUUGGCAUAA